AGUCCUGCACAACAGCGCUUGUCCCCUUCCCCUACGAUGCCGCGUGUGCUAAGGAGCUGCGGCAGGAGGAGGAGCAGCAGCAGCUGCGCGGAUGGGCGUGGAGGUGCCCAUCAAGCAGCGAGGGUGCGGGCAGACGGGAACGGGCGGCGGGUGCAGGAGGAGGUGCCUGUAGGGCGGCCGACAGGCCUGAAGGAGGGAAGGCGCAGCAGGAGGACGUUCGACAGCGGAAGCCGUGCCUCGCAGAACCACGGCCGCUUGUUGCAGGCAGGCAUGAACGAGGCGACGUGGCAGCGGGUAGCGCAGUGGGAGAUGCUGCACCGCGGCGAGUGCGACACGCCAACAGUACUGCGCUUCCAGGCCAAGCCGCACGACCUCAGCCGCCUACCAGCGUGGCGGCCCCCUGACCGCGCCGCUGGUUGCGGCGCAGCCCUGCAGCAACCUUGCCUUGCCUCCGACACGCUGGACUGCAGCCGCUGGGCGCGCGAGGUCAUCCGGCUCGCGGCAACCUGGCCGACCAGGACGCGCCGGCGGCCCGCCCGCACUUGCAACCGCGCGAUGUGGCCGAGAUCUCGACAUUGACGUGUACGCCAUCGCUUGCGUUGUCAAUGCAA